AUGGCGAGCUCCCUGCUGAGGACGGCAGGUGUCCGCGCUGCUCGCACUCCCUUGACGGCAACAAGUAGUCGGAGUUACGCUCAGCCGUCGGCAAGCUCGCCCAAUGAGGUCUUCAAGGGCCGCAAAAACGCCAACGGCAACUUUCGGGUCACUCUCAUUCCUGGCGACGGCAUAGGUCCAGAGAUCUCUGUCGCCGUCAAGGACAUCUACAAGGCUGCAAAGGUGCCUAUCGACUGGGAGGAAGUCUCUGUCGCGCCCCUCAUCGUCGACGGCAAGUCGACUAUACCCCAAGACGCAAUCGACAACAUCAAAGCCAACACCGUCGCCCUCAAAGGUCCCCUCGCGACGCCCAUCGGCAAGGGCCACGUCUCCCUCAACCUGACCCUCCGAAGAACGUUCAACCUCUUUGCAAACGUUAGACCGUGUCGCUCCAUCGUCGGCUACAAGACGCCUUAUGACGACGUCAACAGCGUCCUCAUCCGCGAGAACACAGAGGGCGAGUACUCUGGCAUCGAGCACGAGGUCGUCGAUGGCGUCGUGCAGUCCAUCAAGCUCAUCACCAUGGAAGCCUCCGAGCGCGUCGCUCGUUACGCUUUCCAGUAUGCCGAGCUUAACGGACGUCCCCACGUCACCGCAGUCCACAAAGCGCCCAUCAUGAAAAUGUCGGACGGCAUGUUCCUCACCGCUUGCCGGCAAGUAGCGAAAGAGUUCCCAAAGAUCAGCUACGACGAGGACCUGCUAGAUCGUGUCUGCUUGCGAAUCGUACAGAACCCAGCUCCCUUUGCGGACCGUGUCAUGGUCAUGCCCAAUCUUUACGGCGACAUCCUCAGCGAUCUCGGGGCUGGCCUGAUCGGUGGUCUGGGUCUCACUCCCUCGGGCAACAUUGGCCGCGACGCGAGCAUCUUCGAGGCUGUCCACGGAUCCGCACCUGAUAUUGCAGGCAAAGGCUUCGCUAACCCGACUGCGCUCUUGCUGAGCUCGAUCAUGAUGCUGCGGCAUAUGGGUCUCUUUGAUCACGCUACAAAGAUUGAGAAGGCCGUCAUGGAUACCAUCGCAGAAGGCAAGCAUAUCACAAGAGAUCUGGGAGGAAAGGCCUCCACGUCCGAAUAUGCUCAGACGGUCAUCAGCCGGCUAGGCUAAAAAUUGUCUCACGAAAUGCAAACGAUCGUGUCUCAGCAGGAACUCCAACGAAUGCCCUUGCAGAUCAGUAGCGUACAGUCACGACACUCUGCUGAGUCGACAUGCGCGGUGCUUCUCCCGCGCCAUCGUGUGCUUCUCUGCCCAGGUGCGAAAAGUGAAGCAGACAGCGAGCGACAAUGUGCUCGUAUUCGUCGACGAGUGUCGAAGCUCCUAUCGUCGAGGGUGAUCUGCCAUCUGCAGCGAAGUAGGGCCGACGAGGUGAAUCGCCUUCCGCACUUUGUCGCUUCUCGACGAUCUGAAUGGGCACCGUCAUCUCGCCUUGAGCAACGCCCCAGAAUUGCAUCUGUGCCCCAUCAACGUUGACAUUGAUCCACCUACUUUUCUGAUCAGC